CUUUGGACUACUACUCCCGCCAGGCGCUGCGGCGCAGCGCAUGAGCCCUGCUCGGCUCGGCGCGUCUAUUAUGCUGCCCGGGCCGGCGAGCCAGAGAGGAGCCGGCCGCGCGGGCCGGGAGGGGACGGCUGCCGCAGCUGCCGAGGCCAAGUGCUGGGGCCCGGAAAUGGGAUGCCACGCCCCCAAGGGGAGCACCGAGCACAUCAGCACCUCCUUGAGCCGUUGCUGUGACAACUAGUGAGUGAGCAGCCGGAGAAUGUCCACCACCACCGUGGUCGCCCCCACGGGCAUCCCGGCAGCCCCGGGCCCUGUGAACCCGCCCCCCCCAGAGGUCUCCAACCCUGCCAAGCCAGGCCGCAAGACUAACCAGCUGCAGUACAUGCAGAAUGUCGUGGUGAAGACGCUCUGGAAACACCAGUUUGCCUGGCCCUUCUACCAACCCGUGGAUGCCAUCAAGCUCAACCUGCCUGAUUAUCAUAAAAUAAUCAAAAACCCAAUGGAUAUGGGGACUAUUAAGAAGAGACUAGAAAAUAAUUAUUAUUGGAGUGCAAGUGAAUGUAUGCAGGAUUUCAACACCAUGUUUACAAAUUGUUAUAUUUAUAACAAGCCCACAGAUGACAUAGUGCUAAUGGCCCAAGCCUUAGAGAAAAUUUUUCUGCAGAAAGUAGCCCAGAUGCCCCAAGAGGAAGUUGAAUUACUACCCCCUGCUCCCAAGGGCAAAGGCCGGAAACCGGCUGCGGGAACCCAGAGCACAGGUACGCAGCAAGUGGCGGCCGUGUCCUCGGUCUCCCCGGCGACCCCCUUUCAGAACGUUCCCCCCACUGUCUCCCAGACACCCGUCAUUGCUGCCACCCCUGUGCCAACCAUCACUGCAAAUGUUACGUCAGUCCCCGUACUCCCAGCUGCUGCCCCGCCUCCUCCCACGACACCCAUCAUCCCUGUGGUCCCACCCACACCGCCUGUGAUCAAGAAGAAGGGUGUGAAACGGAAAGCAGACACCACCACACCCACCACAUCCGCCAUCACCGCCAGCCGCAGUGAGUCACCCCCACCACUGUCGGACCCCAAGCAGGCCAAGGUGGUGGCCCGGCGGGAGAGUGGGGGCCGUCCCAUCAAGCCCCCCAAGAAGGACCUGGAGGAUGGUGAGGUGCCCCAGCACGCGGGCAAGAAGGGCAAGCUGUCGGAGCACCUGCGGCACUGUGACAGCAUCCUCAAGGAGAUGCUGUCCAAGAAGCACGCUGCCUACGCCUGGCCCUUCUACAAGCCAGUGGAUGCUGAGGCCCUGGAGCUGCAUGAUUACCAUGACAUCAUCAAGCACCCCAUGGACCUCAGUACCGUCAAGAAGAAGAUGGACAGCCGCGAGUAUCCAGACGCCCAGGGCUUUGCUGCUGACAUCCGGUUAAUGUUCUCCAACUGUUACAAGUACAACCCCCCAGACCAUGAGGUGGUGGCCAUGGCCAGGAAGCUCCAGGACGUUUUUGAGAUGCGUUUUGCCAAGAUGCCUGAUGAGCCCGCAGAGGCUCCCACACUGCCUGCCCCCACGGCCCCCGUGGUCAGCAAAGGCACCGAGAGCAGCCGCAGCAGUGAAGAGAGCUCCUCGGACUCAGGCAGCUCAGACUCGGAGGAGGAGCGGGCCACGAGGCUGGCGGAGCUACAGGAACAGCUCAAGGCUGUGCACGAGCAGCUGGCCGCCCUGUCUCAAGCCCCAGUGAACAAGCCAAAGAGGAAGAAGGAGAAGAAGGAGAAGGAGAAGAAGAAGAAGGACAAGGAUAAAGACAAAGAGAGGCACAAAGCCAAGUCCGAGGAGGAGAAGAAGGCCAGGGCGGCCCCACCUGCCAAGCAAGCCCCGCAGAAGAAGGCUCCAGCCAAGAAGGCCAACAGCACCACCAUGGCCAGCAGACAGCCGAAGAAGGGCGGCAAGCAGGCAUCAGCCUCCUACGACUCGGAGGAGGAGGAGGAGGGCCUGCCCAUGAGCUAUGACGAGAAGCGGCAGCUCAGCCUGGACAUCAACCGGCUGCCUGGUGAGAAGCUGGGCCGCGUGGUUCACAUCAUCCAGUCACGGGAGCCUUCACUGCGGGACUCCAACCCCGACGAGAUUGAGAUUGACUUUGAGACCCUGAAACCCACCACUCUGCGGGAACUCGAGAGAUAUGUCAAGUCCUGUUUACAGAAAAAGCAGAGGAAGCCAUUCUCCACAAGUGGGAAGAAGCAGGCAGCCAAGUCGAAAGAGGAAUUAGCUCAGGAAAAGAAGAAGGAGCUGGAGAAGCGACUGCAGGACGUCAGUGGGCAGCUGAACAACAACAAAAAGCCUGCUAAGAAAGAGAAGUCGGGCUCGGUGCCCUCUGGAGGGCCAUCCCGCCUCAGCAGCUCCUCCUCAUCCGAGUCUGGGAGCAGCAGCUCUAGCGGUUCAAGCUCAGACAGCAGCGACUCGGAGUGACCGGACUGGCACAGACCUGGACAGACCCGUGGGCAUCGCCCCCACCACACUCUGCAGUGUCUCCCCUCUGGUUAAUAUACUACUUUUGUUCCAUGGUGUGCAGGCUUUCCUUUCCAUUCAGUGUUACGGGCUCUUCCAGUUUCUGCCUUCAUAGGUCAAAGGUCUGACUGUAAGAGGAGGUGUGCAUCUGCAGAGGGUCUUCUCCUCAUUACCAAGUCCCACCUCCUGAAGACACUGACCUCCGCUGCCAACCAUCAGCUGCAGAAGGAACACCCAGCAGCCACUGUCUGAAGGCUCCUCUCGGCAGGACUGACUCCCUUUCUUGUGCACCGCCCAUCUAGUCUGAGGCUCAGAGGGAACCUGUCAGGAGGAUGUCUCCCCCCCAACCCCUCCUCAGUUGGCCCUGUGUGAAGAAGGCUUUCAGCUCUGCAGAUGGGGGUCUCUCCACCGAUGGGCCUCUGAGUCCAGGGUUGUCUCUUCCUGCCAGUUCUGGAUGUGCCUCCCCGGGAGACCUGGCUGCAGAGUCCUGGGGCAGGGCCCAGCAUAGGCUUCUCUGGCCUCUGCUGGCAGGCGCCCUCAUGAGGGAACAUGAUGGCUUCUGGUGCGGUGUGCAGCUUUCCAUACACUGAAACUUUUACCUCAACUUAGGAAAAAGAAAAAGAAAAAAAAAAAAAGACCUUUUUUUUUGUAAGGUUCAAUUUUCUACGAAAGCCCAGCCCAACAUGUCCCCAAGCUGUCAGCGUGGCUGCACACUCCACCCCGACAUCCCUGCUUUCUGUAUAUACGAAUACUUUAUUUAUUAACACCAUUGGUCAUUUUUUUAAAAAAGAAAAAGAAAAAAAGAAAAACUGUAAAAGAAACGCAUUUUUACAAAUAGCAGAAAUGUAGGCCUUUUUCAUGGUUUCAAGACCCCCUCCUUCCCCCACCCCACCCCCUCCCGCUCAAAUGAUGGACCUCUUACCUCCAGGUGCUAGUUCUGUGGCCUGGGCUGGUGCUCAGUCGUGUCUGUGCGCACCCUCCCCCCCCCCAUCUUGGGGUCUUGGGGCUCUCUGUUUCUCUCUCUCUCUCUCUCUGUGUGUGUGUGUGUGUGUGUGUGUGUGUGUGUGUGUGUGUAUAACCUGACAUAGGUUGAGACACCUUCCAGCUGUAGCACAUUCUCUAGUCCUAUUUUAUUAUUAUUAUUUUUGUUUGGUUUUUGUUUUGCCCAUUUAGUUCUUUUGUAUUUACUCCUGGUCACUCUAGGACUGUUUUUAAAAAGAAUCCACUUAGGGAACCCCAGUUAUAUAAUAUAAACUUUGUAAUCUGAGAGGGAAAAAUGUAUAGUAAAUCUAAGUCUUGAUUUUUAACUUUCUAUUGUAAAAAAAAAUAAUAAUAAUAUACAGAGUUUAACAGAAGGUUAUGUUUGCUUUGGUUUUUUCCAGAGGCUGCCCUCUGGCCUGAGUGCAAGGGUGUCCCAUACUGCUGGCCAGGCCCCCAGCCUGGGCACCUUUCAUUUCCCUCCUCCAGGGGAGGGGUUCUGGCCCUCAUGCCUGUGCAGUCUUCCCACCUGGCUCUCUCCUGUUCUCUCCCCAGGGGUGGGAGAGCCUCAAGGCCCAGAGCCUUCUGUUCCUACAGGCCACACAGGACUCCCUGCUCCAGCAUUUUCCACACAGCCCAGGUGUGGUUGAAGUGGAGGCAUGGGAUACUGGGUGGAGUGGGGUGAUCUGACCUGGAUCCUGUAGUGAGUUCUUUCUGCCAGUGUUCCUGGGUGGAGAGAGGGACUACCCAGCAGCAUCCUAGUCAGUUUCUCUUGACAGCUCAUAAAAUCGAUUCAGAUCGCGCCAACCCUCAUGGCCGUGGCUGCCCCGGCCGUUGUAGAGAAUUCUGGAGGGGAUGGAUGGUGGAGGACCAUUUCUUUUUUCUAACUGCUGGUGUGAUUCUGUUACUUGGUGAGUUUUUUGAGCCAGUUUGUCCAACUUUUAAUUGUUCUGUUUGUAAAAAUAUAUAUACAUGGGUUUUAAACUUGCCAUAUUUUAGAGUUACCUUGUGUUUCAAGUGUCUCUUUAAACAGAUCUCGAGUGGAUUAUUUUAAACGACAGAAUCAGCAGAGCCUUCAAGCAGGAUCUCACUGGCAGUGAGGAAGUGUGCACUUGGGUACAUGGCAGAGCCAGAGCAGGGUCUGGGGGUGCCUGGAGCCCCACUCCAGCUGUGGAGACGGAAGGGUCUAGGAUGGGCCAGUGAGAGGGAGACUUCUGACCCUGGAGGGAGCACCAGUUCUGUGUAAGGUGCUGGGUACUCCUCUAGGAAGCAUCACCAACUCUUAAUGUUCCUAGUGCUUUCUGUCCAGACUUCAAAACAGAUUUCAGGGUUUGGGGGCGCCCCUCACCACCCUUGAUUGAGGUCAGCCUGUGGGGUAUUGCUUUCCCGUUUCUUUUGGGAAUACUGUAGUUGGAUAAGCAGAGACGGUCUAGAAUUACAGGGUAGCCUUUCCCAGGCUCUCGCCCAGGAGGAAAGGACUGAGUGAAGUCUCUCAGCUGAUGCAGUGGAACACUCACCUGAGCCCCAGGCAGGGCAGCUGACUUCGGUAGUUGGUUCCAGAGACCCUGCUCAGCUUACCAGCUCUAAGAUAGACAGUUUCCUCUCUCCCCCCAACCCCUUUUUUUGUUCGUCACUGUUUUUGUUCUUUUGCAGUAUCCAUGUCUUUUAUUAUAGUCGUCUAGGAAGAAACACCACCCAUGUGUGAUUGAGGAUUUGUUCCAUCCAGGGGAGCGCUGUUCCUUCUUACUGGCUAACACUUCCAGGAAUUUUUCCUUUUUUUUUUUUUAAUAUUUAAAAAUGUUAAUUUUUCUGUAUGGUGUGCAUGCAAGUUUACUGUAACUUUUUUCUUAAAAACUUUUUUUAGUGCCGUUUCUAGUAUAUUCCUGUAAAUGUCAGUUACUGAACAUGAGUCCAAUGUAAGUAGUUUUAGCUUGUUUAUUGCAAUGCUGGCCUCAACACAACAGAAUUUUAAAAAAUGGUAGAAAGUACUCUUUGAUGUUUCUGGUAAUCAUGGACCCUUCUCCUGGGGCAUUUGUUUUGUUUUCGUAAUAAAAUUAAAAAAACAAA